GUGGGCCGCAGAUGAAGAGGAGGCGGCGGCAGGGGUGGAAGAAGAGACGGCGGCGGCGGGGGUAGGGAACCUGGAAACGCGAGCGGGGAUGGUAGGUGGUUUGGAUCCGCCCGGCCGCCGUCGUUUCCAGAAAGGGUUUGACUGGAGGAACCUCUGGAGCAGCUAUGCUGUUAUAUUUGAAAAGGACAGCCAGCUGAGGAUGGAAGAAGAGCAAAUGAUCAUCACCUGGGCCUUUUCUGGCAUAUAAAUCUGCUAGGUGUUUCCAACUAAACAGGAUAUUCAAUUGAGGGAUGUUGGAAAUUUGAACUUUAACGGCAACUUCAAAUGGAAAAGUAAACACAUUGCCCAGAAGUAGACAUGUUUGUAACUGAAGGACAUUCAGAGAAGCUUUUGGAAUGUUGGUUGCCAACUGCUAAACUCCUCAGAAGGUGACUGAAAUUGAACGGUUGAUGUAGUAAUUGGGUGUUUGAGGACUAAUCAGCUGUGAACAAUCAGGUUGGCUGGCUCCUCUGGCUGAUGGCAUGUUGAGGUACAUGGGCCAGUGGCAGCGAGGGCAUCUGACCCAGAGGGGGCCGCUCUAGAAGCCAGCCCACCACCACCAUGGGCCAGUGUGUCACCAAGUGCAAGAAUCCCUCCUCAACCCUGGGCAGCAAGAAUGGAGACCGGGACCCUAGCAGCAAGUCACACAGUAGGCGAGGGGCAGGCCACCGUGAGGAACAAGUGCCACCCUGUGGCAAGCCAGGUGGAGACAUUCUUGUCAAUGGGACCAAGAAAGCAGAGGCUGCCAUUGAGGCCUGCCAGCUGCCAACAUCCUCGGGAGACGCUGGGAGGGAGUCCAAGUCCAACACUGAGGAGUCUUCCUUGCAGAGGUUGGAGGAACUGUUCAGGCGCUACAAGGACGAGCGGGAGGAUGCAAUUUUGGAGGAAGGCAUGGAACGCUUUUGCAAUGACCUAUGUGUUGACCCCACGGAAUUUCGAGUGCUGCUUUUGGCUUGGAAGUUCCAGGCUGCUACCAUGUGCAAAUUCACCAGGAAGGAGUUUUUUGAUGGCUGCAAAGCAAUACGUGCCGACAGCAUUGACGGGAUCUGCGCACGAUUCCCUGGCCUCUUGACUGAAGCCAGACAGGAGGACAAAUUCAAGGAUCUCUACCGGUUCACGUUCCAGUUUGGCCUGGAUGCUGAGGAAGGCCAGCGGUCUCUGCACCGGGACAUCGCCAUUGCCCUGUGGAAACUUGUCUUCACCCAGAACAGCCCCCCUGUGCUGGGCCAGUGGCUCCACUUCUUAACAGAGAACCCAUCGGGGGUCAAGGGCAUCUCCCGGGACACCUGGAACAUGUUCCUUAACUUCACUCAGGUGAUAGGUCCUGACCUCAGCAACUACAGUGAAGAUGAGGCGUGGCCCAGUCUCUUUGACACCUUUGUGGAGUGGGAAAUGGAACGCAGGAAAAAGGAAGGGGAGGGGAGAGGCGCACUCAGCUCAGGGCCCGAGGGCUUGUGUCCCGAGGAGCACACUUAGUGGCGCUGUCCCAGGAGCAGCAGCAAGGGGCUGCCCACCCCUAAGCAAGGAGUUGGACCUUUGUGGAAAUUACUGAAGAUCCGGAUAUUUUCUACUUCACACCUUUCUCUGCCUUGUAUCUGAAAGGGCUCUAAAAUGCUGUAUCAUGUUUUAGGCACUUUCUUCAUUUUUUGGUUAUUUUGGUUAUUUCCUUUGGGGGUACCCCUCAAAAUAUUUGAACCAGACUACAUG